AUGGUAAUCAUAUUAGAAAACUUCUUGAAUGAUGAUAACAAUCGUGUAAAUAAUUAUGGAAGUGGGAUAUUGAGUGAACCUGUUCUAGGUCAUAUAGUAAAUCCUAUCAUCAUGUAUAUUUUUUUGAUGGAUCAAGGUCGCCUUGUCUCACUAGAUGACAACUUAUUAUCUCAAACGGUUUCAAGUCUACGCAAUGUUUUGGCUCAUGAUUUUGACCUACCAUUGAAUAAACAAAUUCUUUUAGUAUCAGGUGGUUUUCAAUUGGAACCAGGUGAUAAACUGUCAACUUAUGGUGCGGGUUUGGAUAAAACUAAUCCAAUUUAUGUGUUUACGCAAACAUUUUCAAAUGAUACAACUGUUCAAAAACCAGAUGUCUUGCAAGUCAAUGAUGGAGGGUAUCCACGACAACUUGCCAGUCUAUUAGAGUUAGCUCCAUCUGAAAAGGUAUUUGAAGAGCGACUACGUCUUAUUCGUUCACUUACUCCGAUUGGUCGUGAAGCUGCCAAUGCAAUUGAACAAUUGGUUUCUGAACAACGUCAAAUGAUACAGGGAUGGUGUGUUGCAUUAGCUAAUUUAGCCGAAGUAGCGGCAGAUACAAAUAAACGUUUGUUGUUUGCAACAAGUCGAUUAGUUCAAUUUGAAGGAUGUGUAUCAGAUUGGGAACGAAAAUUGUACAACUUCAACGAAUUAAAAAAGGAAUUAUCAGAAUUGCCGUUACCACCGCAGUUGGUAGCUGGAACUAGUGAAAUCCUUGAUCAGAAAGAAUCGUUCAAUUUUAACAAUAUUCCUAAACCAACAAAUUUAUACGAAUGGGUUUGUUUACAAUCUGCUAUAUCUAGCGUCGGGACGCGUUAUUCCUUACCAUCGUCAACAAUUAAAGCUGUUGGUUUACAAACGAUUGCAUUGUAUCUUGGUCGACAUGUCGGUGUUGGUAGUGGUAGUACUGGACGUGUUCGUACAACAAGUACUGGUCAUAUUGGUGUCGUCAGUGGUGCUAAUGAUGGUAUUAUGUCAAAUAAUUCAGGAUCCACUUGUAUUGGAUCAAAUCAACCUACUGGAGUUUCUUUUUAUACUGGUGGUUCUCAAACCAGCUUAAAUAGUUUAGGCUCUACAAAUUCAACAAAUUCCUCAGAUAUACGUUACAUCAUGGAUCAUCAUCAAUAUUCCAUCACCAAAGAUGGUAGCGAUACAAAUGUACAGGAUCCUUCUUCUUCAGCAUCUGAUUGUUAUGAGUCAGCGUUUUUAGAUAUAAUUAAACGUGCAUUACAUGAUAUACAUUCGUUACGAUUUGGUCCAGAUUCACCAUUCAAUUUUAAUGCUAAACCACCGGAUAAUUUCAGUAGUGAAUUAGUUUAUGUUAGAGCACAAACAAAUCGUUUAUGUGAACUGAUUACAAUGGUUACUAAUUGUUCAAAAUCAAAUUAUGAUGAAAUGACUACUUCUACUAUGUCUCAUCCUUCGACGAAAUCAUCAUCCAACAUUACUACUACUAAUCUUGUGACUGGACUGAAUACUGCAAUGUCUAGUUCGAAAGAUAUUUCUAUUGAUUCAAUGAACAAUGGUAUUACAUCAAAUGAUUGCAAUGGAGCAGUGAAUAAAAGAGAAAUCCCAUGGCGCACAUCAUCGUCAACAUAUUCGUCAACUUUAUUCCCAUCGAAAUUGCCAUAUAAUGAUGGUGUAGAUGAUAUACACUUGAUCAGUGUACGUGAUGCGUUAGAUCCAGGUUAUUUCAGUCAACGUCUUUCACAACUUGACCCUUUAUUGUGUGAAGCUGUAGAUCUAGCCAGAAAAAUGAUUGGAAUCGAACAGAAUUCUAUGAAAACUUUUCAACAGAUAAUUCAACAAAAAGUUAAUUCAUUAUUACAGACGAAAUUUAUAGAAAAUACACAAAAUUCACAAGAAUUAAUUAUUGCAUUCAAUCGUCUUUGUGAAAUUCUCGGUAUUGUUAUGGAGAGUAAACUUUUACUGGCUAAUAAUUUGUUUGAUCGUCAACGUUGGCUACAAAAUUUCCAAUCAGAAUUAAAUCGUCUCGAUGCAAUUAUUCAACGUUGUCUUCGUCGUAUGUGUCGUGUCACUACAACUGGUACAUUAAUAUCUCAAUUAAAUGAAGCUGGUCCCACCUAUGCUCGCUGUUUAGCUGAAAUUGUUAGGCGUACGGAAUUCGACGAUAUGCUUACUCAACGAUCUGUAUGUUAUCUUAAAGAGGAAACUAAUUUAAGAACUGAAGAAUGUCGUCGACGGCGUAUAUUUUCUAAACAUUUAAAAAAUAACGUUCUACAUUCACUCUUUUCACCAUGGACUAAUUCAAAAGCGGAAUGUCUCGGGCUUACCAAUAUACCAGGAACAAUUUCUAUGUCACAAGAUGUAGUUGAACAGCAAAUGUGUGAAACAUCUACUACCACCACCAUUACUACUACUACUACUACUACUACUACCACUAUGACUACUACUACAUCUAAUCAAAAAGUCGAUUCACUUUCACAUAGUCCUCAAACAAAUGCAGCAGAAUUCACAGUGAAUCGACGAUAUGCCUUAUCUUCUUUAUCUGAACCACGUUUAAAUGAAUUAGCCAAAGCUUGUGCAUUGAAUCGUGUACAACAUUCGCGUGUUCGUUCAACUCGAUUAAAUUCACUCAGUUCACCAGAUCCUCAGUUGACUAAAGUUAAAGAAGAUGAAGUGAUUGAAUCGGAUCAAAGUAAAAAACGUUCAAAUUACAAUUGUCCUAUACAACACCAACCAGUUCUGUUACGUCCACCACAUACUAAAGUAAUGCUUGAUGCUAAUCGUCGUGCUUCAAUGCCAUUUGAUGAAUCUGAUCGAGGUGAAUUAUCCAGUCUAUCAAAUUGGUCAGUUGAUUCGUCAUUAUUAGGUAUAUUAUCGAACAAUUUCUAUCAAACUGAUCAUCAUAAUCUAUCGAAUAUAACACAAUCAGUUAAAAUUACUCGUGAUGAUUUAGAAAGGUUAAUGCAAUCUAUGCCUACUAAUAUAUCUAAUUUAUUAAGGAUGGAAUUGAAUAAAUCGUUUUCACUAUUUAAAAAUACUUCUUUUCUACCUAAUUCAUCAUUGACCAAUCCGAGUGGGAGUGUUUCUUUAGAUCAAACAUCCAAUAUUGCUAACAGUACCGGUUUUAUCUGUAGUAAUAGUAGUAGUCUAUUAUCAAAUUUAAAAUCAACUAUCAUGACGCCAACAACAACUGCCAAAACAUCCAUAUCUACAAUGAUAACUAGUACACAAAUGAAUAUACCUGAAACAAAAUCUAUUACAACCUCUCCAUUUAGCAGUUUAGAGAAUAUAUCAACAAGAGAUUUUAUGAAUGUUGGUUGUCAAGCUGAAUUCGGUUUAAUUGGACCAAUUCUAAAUGUUGGAUCUGGUCGAAGCUUGAAUUCUAGCCUUGGAUUAUCUGUUGAUGAUUCAGUACGUCGUACUACAAUUCAUACAGUUAAUAAUAUUCAUACAGGCUGGGAAGAACUUCCAGGAAGUUUAUGUAGUUGGGAAUUAUGUCGUUUUCCACCUGUGGCAGUACGUUCAGGUGAUCGUAUGUCAAUUUCUUUGAAUACGUUACCACGUUUUGAACAUUUAGUGACUACUGGUACACAAACUGAAGAACAAUUGGAAUUUCCAGAAUCUCAUAAUACAUCUUAUUCUCCUGUUAAACCUAUAAGUACGGAAGAAUUAUGCUUACAAAAUAGUGCGGCACACAGAAAAAAUUCAACUACACAUGAGAAUGACGACAAUAUCGUUGAUUAUCAUCAUCUUCAAACACUUCAAACACCUACUACUACCACUAGUACUAUUGUUAAUCAACAUUCAUCUUCUUCAUCAUCAUCAUCGUCACCGCCGUUUACAAUCCACAAUGAUGAAAUUAAUGAAGAUAAUAUUAUUAUAUCAUCAAUAUUUGCUGAAGAUAAUUUAUUCACUGACUCCGCUUUAAUGAUGACUUCAAGUUUUCACUCCACAAAAACAACUUUUUCCAAUAGUAUUAAUAAUAAUAAUACUGAUAUUAGUAAUAAUAAUACAUCUUCAUUACAAAUGCAUACACCUUUCAUGUCAAUGCAUAAUCAAAGUCGAUCAAUGUCUUCUAGUAAUUUAUGUGAUUUAACAAAUGCUACUGACAUUUGUGGUAGUGAAAGUACAGCAACACAAUAUGAUUCAAUGAUAUACGAUGAUGAUAUGAAAACUUCUCGUGAUGUUCUCCUUUUAAAAUCAUCAUCAUUACCGGAAGUAAAAUUACACAAGUUCAUUGAACAACAAAAUCAAAUUACAUCAUUUACAUUAUUAGAUCAUAAUUGUUUCAAAUGUCGUUUAAAACGUAUUCAUCAAGAAUAUUUUCAAUUACUUCAAGAAAGUUUAAAAUUAAUCAAUAAUAAUAAUAAUAAUUGUCAUGAUCAUACUGAUCAUUAUCAAUUACAACGAAGUACUUCUGAAAUUGUAAUUGAUAAUAAUAAAUCAUCAACAACUGAAAUAAAACAAUCUAAAUCAAUUUCAUUAGAUGCAAUACAAUUAAAAUGUCUUUUCAAUGUGUUGGAAUCAUGUUCAUUAUUAUUUUUAAAAUCCAAACACAUAUCAUGUCAAUCAUCUCAUCCUGUUUGUACGGAACUAAGCACAACGACAUCAUCAAAUGGUAAUGAUACUUGUUCAAAUGUUUCGCAACCAGAUUUAUCUACGACAUUCAGGCAAGAGACUAUUGACAGUUUAAUUGACAACGACUCAACAGUAAAAGAAUGUAUUAAUUGCAUUCAAUUGAGUGAUAAUACAACGAACGAUACAGCAGUACCCGAUGAAUUGGAUUUCAGGCAGUCGCUACAAUAUCUUAUGGAAACUUUACAGUUAAACAGUAAUAAUCCGGUUACCACGGUUUCCAUAUCUACAUCAACAUCACCGUUGUCAUCACAAGUAUUUCCAAUCAUCACUAGUAAUGAGUCGAUUUUAACACAGACAGAAGUAAUUCCAACCAUGGAUAUGGCUACAUCAAUAACAGUUCCCAAUAAUAUGUUCACUAAAGGUUCUGAUCUUGAAGGUAGAACAUCGCCAAUCUGUGAAGUUUCAACGGAUCUAACUUCUUCAUUGAUGAGUGCUACUACUACUAAUACUACUACUAUUAAUAAUAAUUAUAAUUAUCCAUUGUCAACUAUUUCUCGUUCUACUUCGCCAAUAUUACAACAACUAAAUCACAACAAUGAACAGACUUGCAAUCUUACAACUGGAUCUUCUUGCUUCACUAAUAUUUCAUCAAAAUUAACUAAUGAACGUUUUACUAGUUUUGUACAUGCUAACUUUUUGCCAGAUGAUAUUGUAAUAUUUGUUCCUGUUCCAGGAACUAGACCAAGUAUUUCAUCAUCAACGUUAAACACUUCGCCAACUGCAAUCACUACCAUCACUUCUGUCACAGCAACAACGACUUCUACUGCAAGCUGUAUUCCAUCACAAAAUUGCCAUAAUGCUGUAAAAGCAGAUGAUGGUACUGUUGCUACUACUACUACUAAUAGUAGUAGUAAUAGUAAUAAUAAUGUUCAUGAUUCAACAAUGAUAACUAAAUCUGACAUUUGGUCAAUGAAUAGUAAAUUCGCUUCGAAUCUCUUAGAUGCUAUUUCACCAUCAUCUAGUUUAUUAUCGUCAAUGAUUGUUCAAUCAUCGUUACCAUUUUCAUCAAUAUUUAUGGAUUCGUUAACAGGAGGAGGAAUUGUAUUAGGAAGUUCUGGUACUAGCACUACCGAUACUAUUGCAUCUGUCACUACUACAAACACAAGUGACAGUAAUACCUUAAUGAAUAGUAGUAGUAUCUUAUCUACGCCUAAAAACAUUUGUGCUUUAAUCAACAGUAGUAGUGUUGACAGUAAUAGUACAUUAGCUAAUGAAUUAUGUACAAGCACAUUUGGCGGUAAUUAUGGUACACUUUUACCUUCAACUACUACUCCUACUACUAAAUCUGGUUGUAGUAGCACUAGUGUCAAUACUACAACAACAACUGAAUCAUCUUUCACAACGUCCACAUCAACUAUCACUUAUGUUCAAUGGCGUAUGUUAUCCUCGGAUGGACAUGUUUACUUUUUACAUCAAGAUGAUUUUAAGGCAUUGAAUAUUGACGAUCAUAUUGAUUAUUGUAAGCCUAUGAGCUCUAACGUACAGGAAACAAAUUCAUCUCACCAUAGGAAUGUGUCGUUUAAAGAAGCGUUUCAGGCACAUAAUUAUUUUGUCGCAGCCAGAUACAAAAGUAAAGAACGUUGUUUAUCUAAACGAGCAAAUAAUCGAUUCAAUUUGCCGAAAAACUUUAUAUUUUAUCGUGUUCGUGCUCGUCCUUUGUUGAAUAGUAAUAGUAGUAGUAAUAACUGUGGCGGUGGUAUUCCUUCGUCACCUUCUCCAACUGGAAAUCUUAAUCGUCAGCAUCAUAAUAAUGGCAGCAAUAAAAGUUCUGUGAUUUGCGAUUCCCAUCCACUUAUUUUACCAGAUACAGAUGUUAAUAAAGAGUAAGUUUAUAAGUGACAUAUAUAUGAUUGACGGUGGUGGAGAGUAGAGGCGUUCCAAUCCGUUUGAGAUUUGUCCUCGAAGAGAAUAGGUCGGUGGGUGACGGUGGUAGAUAAUAAUCGAAGUAUUGUUGUAAUUAUUACAAAUGUUAUUCGCACUUUUAUUUUACUCUCCUUUGUUUUUCUCUCGUCAUUGUUGUCAUUGUUAUUAUUCUAACCUACUCGCAUACCUACCUACCUACCAUAUCAUGCCUUUCAUACAUUACAUAUAUCACUUCAUCAAUCAUAAUAAAUUUCCUUCACAAUCAAGCAAGAUAUACCAAGGGUAAAAUUAAUAGAAAAGUAAUACUCUUUAAAAUGACACACACACAUCUACAUCUAUCGUAAUAUUAAGUUACCCCUCGACUAAUAUUGAAUGAUGCAACUCAUUAUACUAUCCCAUAACCCACAAUUAUACAGAUGUACUUGAACGAAAAAUCGUCUAGUUCUCAAUAAUACAUUGAGAGAAAAGAAUUGAAUGUCAUUAUUCACAUUUCUGUUUCCUUAUUCUUCUACUUUGUUUCCCUUUAAACUUUUAGGAUAGUUCAUUACUACCAUUGAACUAUGUUGUUGUAUAUGAAACACUUACCCUUAACUAUUCUCUAUGAUUGUGUGAUCUCCUAUGUAUGCAUUAAUAUUUGUUAAGCGCCUGUGUCUUUCUUUUCCCACUUUCUCCCCUAUAUUAAACCAUAUAUAUAAUACAUAUAUAUGUAUUCCUUGUUUAUGUAUGAGGUACCCCUUUCCUCCUAGUCAUCUGGUUCAAGAGGUUAUUUAUUCUGUGUUCUUUAAACGUCUAGAUGAUUUCCAUCAUAGAACCUACUUCUGUCUGUUGGUUUUCGAUUGUUAAAUCUAAUCACUUGUUUGAAAAGUUUUUUGGCUUUAUUACGCACACACCCUUACCAUUUAUUUACAUAUAAUUUCUAUACUGUGUUCUUGUUCUAUGUUUGUGUUUCAGAUGAACAAUUGUGUAUAAAGCUAUCCAGUUCUCUUAACGACAUUAGUAUUAUUAUUGCCACUGUCCAUAAUAAACAACAUUGAUCAUGUUGAUGGUAUUCGUGGUGGUAUUUCCUUCAGUCUCUUUCUUUCUAUCUACAUUUAACAUCAACUAUGGCAAGCAAAAGAAAUCCGCAUAGAUUUUUCUCAUCUCUUUCCUAGAUUUUCAACUUGACAUGUAUAAAUUAUUGAUUAUUGUUUGUGUUUACUUUAAAUACUGUGUAGAUUCUUCCUGAUAUAUUUUUCGCUCCUCUCCACUUAUUGUCAUCACUUCGAAAUGGGUAUAUAUGACCUAUCCAACUAUACCUAUACCUAUAUAUAUAUAUAUAUAUAUAAUUAUUUUUUACAGGCUUUUCUUUUUGAAAAUUAUUUCACAUCAUUUUCGUCUUGUAUUAUCUAAGACAAAUAAAAUCUUAUUAAACCUAUAAACUAAGCUAAUCCUAACUAAAUUGUUGAACAGUUACUGUUUUCUUACUAAACACAAACUAUAUACACUUUUUGUUUGUACUAAAAGAAUUGUCAUUAAUAUCAUCAUCAUAAUCAUCAUCAUCAUCAUCAUUAUCAUCAUCGUUCUUGUUAUUAUUGUCAAAACCUUUAUGCAUAUUAUGAUAACGUACGUACACAAUGAUAAAGCUUAACCGGUUUAUAUAUACAUAUAUAUAUAUAUGGUAUUUUCUGUAUACAGAUUACAAUUAAUCAUCUAUCGAUAUAGUUUGGUUUACUGUUGGAUUAUGUAAGAUGAAUAUAUAUAUAUUUGUAUUUGUAAUUUACUCUGUACUAUAUAAAAGACUGAUAAAGUUUGCCCAUUUUAGAUAUAACACAGAUGUGUAUUCAUGAUCAUUUCUGUCAUGGUCUAUGUUUUGACUUUCUUUUUUCUUUUUUUCUUUUCUUUUUCUUUGCAAUUGUUAAUCUUCUUUUUUUCUUUUUCCUUUAUUCUCUUUCAUUUAUAUUCUUUAUAUAAACACUGAGAUGAUAUAAAACAAUGACAAUGAACAAUUACACAAUUAUUCUCAUUUCAUACAACAAUGAAAAACAUAACAACCAUUAUCAUUCAUACUCAGAAAUAAUUUCUAUUAAAUUAAAAGGAUUUUCUAGUUAAUAACUUAUACAUAUAUAGAUAUUGAAAGUAGAAAUAGUUUAGGCUUUUUCUUUUAAAAAAGAGAAAAAUACCUGUUACAUAUAUUGAAUAUUAUUGUGAACAGAUUGGGUUUUAGUCCAGUUAUCAUGGAAACAAAUUAAGUUUUACGUUUGUUCACUUGAUAUAACUUGUAACCGGAUCAAUUGAUUAGAUUUAAUAAACCAUUAUUUAUGCCACUGGUCGAAAUCAUGAGUCAAUUGAAGCUAGACCACCAUGGGAAACCUGGAAACAUUGGACGGCCGUUUCGUCCUAGUAUGGGACUCGUCAGCAGUGCGCGUCUACGAUCCCGCCCCCGGCGACAUUCGAACCCAGGACCUGUCAGUCUCGUGCCAGGCGCGAAUAUGGAUCCGGUACUUUGAGUCAAUCAAAUAUGUACACGUAAUUAGCUAAGAAACGAUUUACAUUUCUAGGGAAUGACAUAUACACUAUUAGUAUCAAUCUGAUUCUUCAAUAAAAAACUACCAUCUCCAUUAUAGAACAACUUCAUAUGAAUUUGAAAAUGACAGGUUUAUUUGUUUAAUUGUCUAUUAUUAUGAAUCUAAUCAAUUCUCUGAUUUUUCUCGGUAGUAUUCUGACUAGCUUGAAUUAUCCGACUUGUUUCUUUAUUGUGUUACCGAAAUCAUUCAAUUUAGAUGAUAAAACACGUUAUAAAUGAUCUCGUCACAAAUAUCUAAAAUUGUUCUCAGUUCCACUCAUGUUGAUAGAAUUACUUGGUGACUUAUGCGACACUCUACCUUCAUUAGCAGCAUAUCAACAGUUCGAAACUCCACUCCACCAAUUUUGAUUUCGGCAAUUAAUUAGCUCAAAAUAGAGUACAUAAAUAUCUACUUAUUAGAUGAGUUAUCUUCUAUUAAUAUGUAAAGGGUUUAAAGGUCUUUUCAGUUUUUUUCUCCAUAUCCUUAGGUAUAUAAAUGUUCACUUAUAUUCCUUGUUUUCUUUCUCAUACAGUCAUGCAGAAAAUUUAAGUGAAAUUACUCACAACUUGACCAUAGAUAUAAGUAUAUAUAUGUAGUCAAGGUUUAUAGGAAAACAGUUACUUUUAAGGCUAAUUCUAGUCAGCUGAAAGUACAUGUUUUCCAAUGUUCCAAAUACUUAUUAUUAUGUUAUGAAUCACACUGGUUUAUUUUUGUACAGACAUACGUAAUUAUAAAAUUGUUACUAAGGCAACAAUCUUUGAUACAUGUUUUUAUCAAUUUACAAAACUAAACUGCUCUGAUAAAAACAGAAAAAGGUCAAAACGACCAUGAGUUUUUCGUCCCUGAAGUGAUCACAUUCACACACCGCUGAGGAGUCCUAUACUAAUACAAAACAACUAUUUAUUGAUUCAUGGUUUUAAAUAAUAUACACACUUAAUCAAUCCAUGACAAACAUGAUUUAUAAAUUAAUAACUAAACCGAAUGUUUUUGUAUAGAAUUAAGUCGGUGAGAUAGAAACAGAAUUGAACGAAUCAUAUAAACAACCUUAAAUUCAUUUUUUG